CCUUUCCUCUUCCCCUUCCUUAGUGUCUCCGCCCCAGCCUCCUCCGUGCGUGUGGCGGCGGCAAGACGUCGGGGGCGGUGCCCGCGCCGGGGACGGGCGGUGCCGCCGCAGUUGCCCCUGGUAACGGGGGGAGGCAGGAGGAGGUGGAGGGAGUCGGCGGGAGGAUGGGUUUACUCUCAAUCCUGCGUAAACUGAAGAGUGCACCAGACCAGGAGGUGAGAAUUCUUCUCCUGGGCUUGGAUAAUGCUGGCAAAACUACACUCCUGAAGCAGCUUGCAUCUGAAGACAUCAGCCACAUUACACCUACACAGGGCUUUAACAUCAAAAGUGUACAGUCACAAGGUUUUAAACUGAAUGUCUGGGACAUUGGUGGACAGAGGAAAAUCAGGCCAUACUGGAGGAAUUACUUUGAAAAUACUGAUGUACUUAUAUAUGUUAUCGACAGUGCAGACAGAAAACGAUUUGAAGAGACGGGUCAGGAACUAGCUGAAUUACUGGAUGAAGAAAAACUAAGUGGUGUCCCUGUGCUCAUCUUUGCUAACAAGCAGGAUUUGCUCACUGCAGCCCCUGCCUCAGAGAUUGCAGAAGGACUGAACCUACACACAAUCCGUGACAGAGUCUGGCAGAUCCAGUCUUGCUCGGCCCUUACAGCAGAAGGAGUACAGGACGGCAUGAACUGGGUCUGCAAAAAUGUCAACGCUAAGAAGAAAUAAAAUCUAGAUGAAUGGAAACACAGGAGCCGCGGGAGCUGAGUUCUGUCCUGAAAACACUCAUUUGCUGCUUUCUGACCAUCUGUGUACAGCUACAGCUGUUUAAAGAGAGGGAACAGCACGGUUUCAAAAAGAAUCCCCAUUCCAGCAGUAGGUUUAACUGAUCUCUGAGGUUCAGUAUCAUUUUUCAAAUAAAGGAAUUACAUUAUUUCCUCUGCA